AUGCUGGCUGUCUACAUAUACUCCUUGUGCUACGCCCUCUUACCAUUCACCUUUCACAGUGCAACUACUAACAUGUCUUCCAAAAACGGAGUUGGCCACACAGACACCUCGUCCGUCGACAAGGAAGAACUCAUCUCUCAAUUCCCCCAUUUGGACCGUCUCGACCCGUCUCCAUGGGCUCAGAAGAUCCUUUCUCGUCCUCCUCUCGGCCGUGAGAAGAUCAGUGUUGUUCUCUCGGGGGCAGGUCUUGCUGGUAUUUCAACCGGAAUCAUCCUUUCUCAAAAGGUAGACAACAUUGACCUCACCAUUCUGGAGCGGUCUCCGGACUUUGGGGGCGUUUGGUUCGACAACAGCUACCCAGGUGUCCAAUGCGAUGUUCCUGUUCACGCCUACCAAUUAUCUUUUGACCCCAAGCGCGACUGGGACAGACCGUACGCCUACGGAAACGAUAUCAAGCAGUAUUGGGGUGACAGGGCAAAGAAGUAUCAACUAAACGAGAAGACCAGGUUUGGACACAACAUUCUAGAGGCCAAGUUCAACAAGAAUACCAGUCAGUGGGUGAUUCAGGUGGAAACCGUGGCCGAUAAGAAACGUUCAGAGAUUCGUGCUGACGUAUUUAUCGCCACCAGUGGAGCUCUUAACAACCCCAGGUAUCCUCCUACUCAACCGGGAUUCGACUCCUUCCAGGGGAUCAAGUUUCAUCCUCAACAGUGGCCUGAGGGACUGGACUUGACCGGCAAACGAGUGGCUCUGAUAGGAAACGGAGCCACUGGAGUCCAGAUCUUGCCUCAGAUUGUCGAACAAGCGGCCCACGUGGACCACUACGCCAAGUCCUCUUCUUGGAUUGGUCAUGCUCUGUUUGGACCCGGAGUCCCCGGCUACGUGGAGUACUCGAGGGACGACAUUGAGUCUAUCAAGUCCGACAAAGACUACUUGGAGUUCCAGAAGGAGUUGCACAGAAACAUUGGAGGCAAGUAUGAUUUUUUUUUUUACGGAACUCCUGCGUUUAGAGAACUCACCAAGGAACUACUGGCUGUGGCGUGGAUUCGGGUUGGCAAAGACCCCAAACUGUUCCGGAAAGUGGUACCCACGUACCCCUUUGGAGCCAAACGACUUCUACCUGCCCCUGGAUACCUCGAGGCUCUCACCCGACCAAAUGUUGACUACCUCCUCGGUGACGUGAAGGAGUUUACCAAGAACGGUAUCAUUGGAGCUGAUGGUGUUGAAAGACAAGUGGAUGUUAUUAUUGCCGCCACGGGCUAUCCUCUGACCAACGGAAAUGGAUUCACCCCCAACUAUGAAAUUAUUGGCACCGAUGGGUACAGUUUGAGACAACACUUCUCCCCUCUGGAGUCCAGACUUGGCUAUUCAGCAUCCUACCUCGGUCUAGCUGCCCCGGGGUUCCCCAACUUCUUCUACACCCUUUCUGUCAACUCGUACAUCACCAAGAGCACUCCUGCUGAGACUGUGGAGCUGCAAGCUGCUUAUAUUGCCAGAGCUAUCCGAAAGAAACAGCUUGAGAAAAUCAAGUCAUUGGAGCCGUCCCUCAAGGCGACAGUGUCGUUCAACAGGAGAAUCACUGAGCUGUCUAAAGCGAUUUCGGUCACUAAAGGCAACGGAUUCUUCAACGAAGUAACCAAAGACGGUACUAAACGAUCCAAGGUCGACUGGCCCGGUUCCGUGUCCCAUGCUAUUGCCGUGCUUCGAGAACCACGAUGGGAGGACUUUGAGUAUAGGUAUGAAGACAAUGACGAUCCGUUUGCCUACUUUGGGUCUGGCAAGACGUGGAUCGACGAUCAUGAUGGUGAUAAGACGUUUUACAUCACUCAGUCAGCUACAGUAGCUGCCAAAGUUCACGAAGGCUGGAUUUCUUUGCCUUCAGAUGGGCCCCCCAGGGUGGUUGCAAGAUGA